AUGGGACGGCAUAUAUUUGGUAUGAAGGAUGGUCCUGAGUAUCUGCGAAUGCUUUAUUUGGAGAAGCAAACUGGAAAAUCUCUAAUCAACAAGAGUCCCGAGGCAGGCACAAUAGCAGCUGAAGCAUAUUUCGAACAAAAGCUUGAUCAUUUUGACACUAGCAAUACGAAUACCUGGAAGCAGCGCUAUUUUCACAAUUUCCAAUAUCAAAAAUCGGAAUCAAACGUGGUCUUCUUGAUGAUUGGAGGAGAAGGACCAGAGAGCAUCUCAUCUGUUUCCAAUGAUACCUUUCCAUUUGUUGCAUGGGCAAAGAAGUUUGGCGCAAUUAUGUUCUGCCUGGAACAUCGCUUCUACGGAAAAAGUCGUCCUACUCCCAACCAAUCUGUGGAAAAUCUCCGUUACCUCAGUAGCCGCCAAGCUCUCAAGGAUCUUGAGUACUUUAUAGAAUCAAUGAAUGCGAAACACAACCUAAAGAAUCCAAAAUGGAUAACGUUUGGCGGGUCGUAUCCUGGUAAUAUUUUUUCCUGCAAAUUCUUAUCAAAAUGUCUGCGCGAAAAGUACAAGACGAGAGCUUUCUACUCGUGAUG